CUCCCGCCAUUACACUUCUCCUCUGAUUUUUUCUCUCUCUCUUGUUCAUAGUGAAAUUGAUAUCUGAAGACGGAGAUGGCUUCGUCCACAUCUAAAACCCUAAUUGACUUUAUUCAUCCCGCAAAACGCCUCAAAGCUUCCUCCUUUCCCGCCGUUUCCGCCGCCGGUGGGUCCCGCGGUUUGGGUUCUUCCUCAAAAUCUCCGCCUCGCAUAGUAACCGUAGCCACGUCCAAGCGCAACCUCGCCGUCCGCUCCGAGAAGGUCGCAAAAGCUAAAGCUGAAGGAAGCUGCUGCCACGUGGCUUUGAAUGAGCUGUUAGUGGAAGAGUCAUGGCUUAAAGCUCUCCCUGGAGAAUUGCAAAAACCCUACUUCAAAGCCCUUUCUGACUUCCUUGAACGUGAGAGUAAAGGCCCUUUGAUAUAUCCCCCGCAGCAUUUGGUUUUCAAUGCUCUUAAUUCAACACCUUUUGAUCGAGUCAAGGCUGUCAUUAUCGGACAGGAUCCGUACCAUGGACCUGGUCAAGCUAUGGGUUUGUCUUUCUCUGUGCCUGAAGGAGAGAAGCUUCCUUCUAGUCUGUUGAACAUAUUCAAGGAGCUUCAGAAAGAUGUUGGCUGUUCAAUUCCGCGUCAUGGUGAUCUACAGAAAUGGGCUCGGCAGGGUGUUUUGCUGUUGAAUGCUGUUCUUACAGUAAGGAGUAAACAGCCGAACUCACAUGCAAAGAAAGGAUGGGAACAGUUCACUGAUGCUGUGAUUCAAAGCAUUUCGCAGCAGAAGGAAGGUGUUGUCUUUCUUCUCUGGGGAAGAUACGCUCAAGAGAAAUCCAAGUUGAUAGAUGGGAAUAAACAUCAUAUACUCACAGCAGCUCAUCCAUCUGGUUUGUCUGCGCAUAGAGGCUUCUUCAACUGCAGACAUUUCUCUCAAGCAAACCAGCUACUCGAACAGAGGGGGAUUCCUCCCAUAGACUGGCAACUUUAACCGCAGUCUUGAGACCAAGAAGAAGCAUGAGUGUUCUUGGGAAGCCAACCAAUCUUUUGCAGUCUCUUCUGGCGAACAGAGCUUGAAGCUUUAACCGUUAAUGCUCCUCCUCUUUGAAUUAUUAUUUUAUCAGAGAAUCCUAGACGGCUAGCAUAGGCUGUUAAAGGUGUAUCCGAGUAUGUCCAAGUAGCAGUGGGAGACUGUUUCAUUUUGUACUCUUUGAAGAAUGGUGUGUAUUAUAUUAGGGGUGCCACUUGUCGAAUUUUCCUUGUUGCUACAAUGUAUGCACAACUUAAAAAGUAUGGAUGGUUAGAUUUAUUAAAAGUAUAUGGAAGUACAUGGAAGCUA